AUGGCUGGAGCAACUGGAUCCGGGGGCAAGCGCAAGUUUGCCGGAUCGGCGAACAAACAGGCACCGCGCAAGAAGACCAAGCAAGAGAAGCGCCUAGUCGUCGCCGACUCUCUACCAUGGCAGACGGUGGACAUUCCCGAGAUGUUUGACGAUGCGGAGGGCUUCUACGGACUCGAGGAAAUCAAGGACGUCGAUGUCGUUCGUGACGGCAAUACCGUCAAAUUUCUUGCUGCAGUCCCUUCAGAAGACGACGGUGAUUCCUUUGAGGGGUUCGAAGACCUACCCGAUACAACACAGCCUAGUGAAGAUAAGCCAAAGUCGAAGAAGAAAACUUCAUCCGAGCCAGCAGAGACGGCCAAGGCAGACAGCAAAGAGACGAAAAAACCAAAGAAGGUCACAGAGCCAGCUGCCCCUGUGGACACAGAGCUCGCCAAUGGCGGCUUCAGAGCUCUAGCCGAUGUUGAGGAAGAAUUCGAGGAAGCAGAUGUGGCCGAGUGGGCGCCGCUCGACCUCGCUCCGGCGCUACUCUCGAGCAUAGCCCGUCUCAAGUUCGCAAAGCCAACGGCCAUCCAGGCGCAAGCCAUUCCCCAGAUCCUCAACGGGCAUGAUGUGAUAGGCAAGGCUUCGACGGGGUCUGGAAAGACCUUGGCCUUUGCGAUACCUAUCGUUGAGAAGUGGCUUAGCCUACGCGACGCAGGAUCGGACGAGCAUACCGGACCAAUUGGUCUGGUACUGUCACCGACUCGUGAGCUUGCUCAUCAGAUAACAAACCAUAUCAAGGAGCUGUGCUUAGGCCUCUCAACUUCUCCUUAUGUGUGUUCCGUAACUGGUGGUCUAUCAGUGCACAAGCAACAAAGGCAGUUGGAGAAGGCCGACAUUGUUAUCGGCACACCGGGUCGGCUGUGGGAGGUGCUGAGUUCAAGCAAGAAGCUGAUGCAGACGUUCAGAGGCAUCAAGUAUCUUGUUGUCGACGAGGCAGACAGAUUGCUGACCGAGGGUCACUUCAAGGAAGCGGAGGAAAUCAUCGGCGCCUUGGACCGUACCGAGAUUGACGAGGAGGGUCAGGAGCAGGCGCCGCCACCGAGACAAACACUCGUUUUCUCUGCGACAUUCAACAAGGGCCUUCAGCAAAAGCUGGCGGGCAAGGGCAAGUAUGACCUGAUGAGCCAGGCCCAGUCCAUGGAGUACCUUUUGAAGAAACUCAACUUCCGAGACGAGAAGCCAAAGUUCAUCGAUGUCAACCCCGUCUCUCAGAUGGCGGAGGGUCUCAAGGAGGGUCUGGUGGAAUGCGGUGCUAUGGAGAAAGAUCUCUACCUCUACUCGCUCAUCCUUUACCAACCCAAGCAGCGCAUCCUCGUCUUUACCAACUCCAUCAGCUCCGUUCGGCGGCUGACGCCUAUGCUGCAAAAUCUGAACAUUCCUGCACUACCUCUCCACUCCCAGAUGCCACAGAAGGCGCGGUUGCGUUCCGUGGAGCGCUUCACCAGCACCAAGCCGGGGACAGCCUCCAUCCUCAUCGCGACCGACGUAGCAGCCCGCGGUCUCGACAUCCCCGGCAUCGAUGUCGUGAUUCACUACCACGUGCCCCGCACGGCCGAUGCCUACGUCCACCGAUCCGGCCGCACAGCCCGUGCCGAGAGCUCGGGCCUCAGCGUCCUGCUCUGCGCGCCGGAGGAGGUCGUCCCGACGCGCCGCCUCGUCGCCAAGGUCCACGCCUCAUCGUCGCACACCACGAGGUCCGGCAAGAGCAAGGAGGCGUACUUUAUCCGCACCAUCGACCUCGACCGGCACAUCGUGGCGCGGCUCAAGGAGCGCGUCGACCUGGCCAAGAAGAUCGCCGACUCGACGCUGGCCAAGGAGAAGGGCAGCAAGGACGACAACUGGAUGAAGGCGGCGGCCGAGGAGCUGGGCGUCGAGUACGACAGCGACGAGCUCGAGAAGGCCGGGCGGUGGAGCGGGCGCGGCAGCGGGCGGCAGAGCAAGCAGAAGGAGGCGCGGGCGCUGAGCAAGGCCGAGAUGGCCGGGCUCAGGGCGCAGCUCAGGGAGCUGCUGUCCAAGAGGAUCAAUGCGGGCGUGAGCGCAAAGUACCUGACGAGUGGCAACGUAGAUAUCCAGGCGCUGCUCAACGGGGUGCAGGGCGAUUUCCUGGGCAAGGUGGCCGGGCUGGACGCUGAGGACUUUUGA